CUACUCCACGCGCUACAAGGGGAACCUGCUCGUCCACGAACGCAUCCAUACGGGCGAGCGUCCGUUUGCGUGCAGGCUGUGCUCGCACUCCUUCAGCCACCGCAGCCACCUCACCACCCACCUGAGGAGGCACACCGGCGAGAGGCCCUUCGUGUGCUCCCUCUGCCACCGGACGUUCACGCGCAAGAACCUGCUCGGCGUGCACUUUCACAAGCACCACCGCGGCGGCAAGUCGGUGCCCUGAGGGAAGGGGAUUCCUGCCGCAGCCGAUCGCCGCCUGAGUUGGGCAGAGCGCGCUGGCACAUCCCGCUGGUGCGGCGGCCGAGGCUGCACCUCGACCCGAAGGGACGCUUCCAGUGCCGCUACUGCACCUACAGGUCGGACUAUCGCACCAACGUGGUGGCCCACGAGAGGACCCACACGGGGGAGAGGCCGUUUCACUGCACCCUCUGCAGCCGCAGCUUCACGCAGAAGGGCAACCUGCACCACCACAUGCAGAGUCACACCAAGCCACAGCCGCACGUGUGCCCGGUGUGCAACCAGUCGUUCUCAGAUGAGUUCGGCUUGAACCAGCACCUGCAGAGUCACUCUCAGCCCCUCGUGUAGUCGGUGGUGGAACACGUAGUGUCUGUGGAGGUUUGAAUCGGUGACGCGAAGUGCGCUGAACUGCCGCUGACACGGUGGCCACACUUUAUUUUGUCACCGCAUUGGUCGGCUAGCGAGGU